AUGAAUGGGAGUGGUUAGAUGGCGGUCGGAAGCAUGUCUGUUGUGGCGCUCUGUAGGUAGUCAAUGGAAGUCUGUUACGAGAGUUGUAAACAGUGAGGCGUCUGGUCAAGUCAGUGUUGGUUUUGGCAGCAGUUUUCCUUUGGUGUGUCGUUGUUUGGGUGUUAUUUGAUAGAUUUUGGGGUUGUGAAGUUGUUGUGCGUGUGUCUGUCUGGUUGUGGUGAGGUUAAGAAGGUUGGUGGUGCAUUUUCGGUGUCUGUUAGUGGUGGUUGGGGCAGGGUUGGUUUUGGCGGGUUGUUGUACUGCUGUAAGUCGUGUGGUUGUCGUGUUUUUUCAGGCGGUUGGUGUUCAUCUGCAUUUAGUCGUUGGGUUAUUGAGUUUUUGUGGGGUUGUGGGUCCCGGGUGGUUGAUUUGUGUUUGGUUGUCGGCGGUGGUUGUGUGUUGGCUACCCUAUAGCCUAUAUAUCCAGUGGACGACAGCACAGCCUAGUCCUAGGUAUCAGAAGCCAGCGGUUCUCUGAGCAAACCUGAGAGUUUACUAUUGGAAGAUGUCUUACCGGGAAAUAAGAAACUUGAUUGAGCACACAAAGGUAUUAGGAUUCCAUAGGGUAAUAUCCAUGGAAAAUUUUUCAACACCCAAUUUCCCUCUGGUUUCCGAAAUCCUAAUCUGGGCCAUGAAAAUCGUGGACAGUGAGUAUGAAGUCAGCAGCGUCAUUGAUUUUGAACCGGACCGCGUUUUGCUUAUUCGCAUUGCUGCCGUUUUCUUUUAUCAGAAGAUGGGCAUUAAAAUAAAUACAGUGAAGUUGUACGGAGCAGAUAAAUUAGCUGUCCGUGAACUCUUGAAAGUGACUACCCGUCUCUAUGCAGCCACCCAGACUGCCCUCCAUUCACCACCAGUCAAUGAAGACAAUGAGGAAUUGGAAGAGAAUUUAACUGUUAAUCUGAAUGUAAAGGAAUUGCGAGAGUUUCGACAGCUUGCCUCCAGUAUUGUGAUGGAUGCUGCCACUCUCCACGAUAGCCUGAACAAUGAAAUUGAUGCUAAGAUUAAACGAGAAGUUACCCUGAACCAGGCCUUAGACAUUGAUCGGCUUGAAGCCACAUUGGUGUCGGCCCUUCAUGCCCUCUCUGCCACUGUUGCAGAACUCAAGGAAACGACACAGCAGCUGGAGAAACAAAAGGCUGAGGUGGAAGAAAAACUUGAGAAGAAGAGAGAGUCAUUGGUCAGGAAUCAUCGAAGGCUGGAGGCCUUGAACAGAAUCAAACCAGCUUGGCAGACUGAAUUUGAAGAUGAAGAGGCAGAACUCCGCAAAGCCUGGGAGGAAUAUGUUACAAAGCACAAGACUUUGGCAUAUUUAGAGCAUCAGCUUCAGGUACUGGAAGACCAACAGCUACGCAACCUUGAUGUGGCCAUGCAGAUGGGUAAAGAGGCUGCAGCAGCUGAUCUUAGAAAUUCAGAGGAUGCCAAGGAACAACUGCAGACAAAAAGUCGGAGAAUCUUCGGGAGCAUGACUGGAGAAGGUCUCGACACUUCAGACACAGAGUCUACAGAUUCUUUCCUGAAUGAUUCGGCCAGUGACGACGAUAGUCUCACACUUCUCUCGAAGGAGGAUUCGACAGAAAAGGCUCUUGGGAUUAAGAAAGGAAGUCCCUUGUCUAAAACAAGAGAGGAUCUCCAAGAUCAAUCUUUGUACACAAAACAAGGUUGUAAAUCCCUCUCUGGAAGAAAAGUUCAGAGACGACCGUCUUCCGCGCGGCCCAAGUCGGCCCACUCUGAGUCGAGAGUGAACAACUUAUCGGCGUGGACGGGCAGCGUCAAAGGCAGUGGUAGAGUUUCUCCUCUUUCAGCUUCAGAGGACAAUAGUGAUGGAUUUUAAUGAAGAUGAAAAUGCUAUUUUUAUAUUCAUAGUCUGUGUUACUGAACUAGUUGAGAAUGAAGCAAGAAGAUAAAUUAGUGCACAACUAUUUGUCUUCCAAAUUUGAUAAAUUCAGGGAUUCAGGUUUGCAAUUUUCAGUACAUAUAGGAUUGUGUUGGUAUUUCUCAUAUGAUAUACUGAUUUCAUUUCAGGUAACUGUUUGUGGUUUGUUACUGCCUAAUAUUUUAAGCACAGUUGUAUGUGCACUGAUUUGUGAACUCAUUUCUAGUCACUAAAGUAGGACCUUUGUGAGCAGAGCAAUUAUGUUGGUGGUUGUAACUGAUGUCUUCCUAAAUUUAGACAGUAUGAUUCAUAAAAUACAAAAUGAAAAUUCUGUAUUUUCUAAUGCAUGUACGUAUGGGCAUUGCACCAACAUCAGAUAAAUUACUGAUAGACUUAGAGUGGGUUAAUAUCAUUUGUUACAUGUAUACUGAAUUAAUACUACUAUGGGUUACUUGCCAAAAAUGUUUUUGACAUUAAAAUAUGUAAAGGCAUUCCAUGGAAGAUUUGGGCCUGGUAGCCUUCACACUUCUUUCUCUUUGUAUGCUGUGCAUUAUACUUUAUUAUUAUUGAGAAGUAUACUUUAUUGUAUUCAGAAGAUGAAACCCAUUCAUAUGGUUUACAUUGCAAUGUUACAUAUAUUUCCAAGGAAAACAAAUAUAGAUAUGUAACAAAGGAAAAAUGAAUAAAUAACAGUAAAUCACACUUCGGGUUGGCAUACUUCAUACAAGAAAUUUUCCUCUAUUUUUUUUUGCUAAAUCAUGAUAAAACACAGUGAAGAAAAGAGUCUACAGUAAAUGCAGAAUUCCAAAUACUACUAAUAAUAAUAAUGAUAAUAAUAGAGUUGGAAUAAUAGUAAUAAUAAUAAUAAAGAAUUGGAAUAUUCCCAAACUUUUCAAUGCACUUGCAGCAGCAAUCUUCACUUUGGCUUCUUAGCCUCUAUCUUCCAUGGAUGCCUCUUUUCAUUCAGGAAAAAUAGUUUCCAGAUUCAAUAUUGUUAUUGUUGUGAGGAAGUAAAGUCUACAAAAACUCACUCACAGACAUUGAGGGUCAACUAACAAAAGGAAUGGAAUGGCCAUUUUGUAUCAUUCUGUGUGGGAGAAUUAUGGAUGUAAAUUAUUUUAUAAUAUCAAAUAGCCUUAUACAAUAAUCACUUUUGACAUAACCUGCUUGUAUACAUAGGUUAGUAAAUCGAAGUAUGAUCAUAUAUUUUAUUAAAUGUCAUACUAA